CGUGUCUCUCUGUUUCUCUCAUCUUUAGAGAAAGCUUUUGCUGCAACUACUUUGAUACUUCUCUUUUCUAUUAGCUGAAUCUACGAUGACAUUUUUGUUUUUCCUCGUUGUUAUCGCCUAAUUAAUCAGAACGCAAAAUGGGUUGGAUUUGGAGGAAAGGGAUCAGUGUGGGAAAGAAGGUUCUUGCGGCAGGUUUUGUUAUGGCUUCUGCACCAUUCCUUGUUCCACCACUAGUUGUUGCCUCCACGAUUGCAUUGAUCUCGUCUCUUCCUUAUUGUUUAUUCUUGGCGAGCUAUGUUUGUACUGAAAAGCUGAUGAGGAAACUGCUUCCUGGUAGUGCUUUUGGUGGAAGAGGUGAUAAAAUGGUGCUACUCCGCGACAAGAUUGGUCAUGGUGAUGUUUAUGACGACGAUGGCAUAGCACAGGUGGCUAUGAGUGAGCCAAUUGUUAUACAGUUUGAGGAAGAUGACAGAACAUCCUUGAGACUGGCUAACAUUGUUUUUGAUGUGUAUCAAAGACCUGAAGAUAUGAAAAAAGAGUCAAAGAGCUUGAUAGAGAGUAUAAGAGAUGAUGAUAGAACUAAUGAAAGAAUCUCUGAAAAAGUUUUUGGAGGGGAGGACAAAGAGUCGAUAGAUCCUAGUGGUGAUGUCAAGCUAGUGAAUGUUGUAGCAGGGAAGAAGCAAGUAUCUGGGACUAGGCCUAAAGGGGAACUUGAGUCCACUACAACUAAAGCAUCUAGAGAGAAGGAUAUGGAAACAUCUUUAAAUGAGAUGAAGGUGUUGUUUAGCGAGGAGCAGAUAUGGGCAAAGAUGGAGGCAUUAAGGAAGAUAGUUGGAUACAGUGUUGCGAGGAGUACGACAUAUUCAGAAGAACUCAAGGCACUAUACAUGUUUACAGGUGUGGAAUUGCCGACAUCAAUGGUGGAGGAGAAUCAAGAUGUUUCACAAGUCAGUGAGAGACUUUGCUUUUUAAUGUCUGUCAUUGGAGUCGAAUAGUUCUUUUGUUAGUCUACUGUACUUUUGUUAUAGCUUAUCCACACUGCUUUGGUACUGCACAAUUACAUGUUUUGUGUUCUUGUUUGCCUUUUUGCACAUCUUUUCCCAAAAAGAUACAUUCGCAUCAGAGAAUAUCAAAAAGAAAUUCCGAUGAACAGAAGCCAAAAAGACAACAAUAUCAAUAACAUACUUUUUUCUUC